AUGAAGACCUUUUUUGUACCUACGCUGAAUUCAGAAUCAACACAGGGAAAACUGGUACUGGAUUUCAACUGUGUCUUAGAAAUGGAGGUGGAAAUGUAUUUAGUUGAAAUUAAGGCGUUUAUCUGCUUUCUCGGCGUUUUCCAGGAAACGCCGCUGAGGAACAGCCCCAGCCCUCCCAACAGCACCGGGGGCACGAUCGACAGCGAUAGCUGGGAUCCCCGCUUCAACGACAUCCCCUCUUCCGUUUCCCUGCCCGCCAAGAACAGAAAGAACUUCAGUCAGCUUAAGCGAGCAAAACCGUACGGUUCCCUGUUCCAGCGGGCAAAACCCGGCAGCUUCCUGCCGGAGCGAAAGCAGAUCGACAAGAUCAGGAAGAAGAAAAAGCUGAAGAGGAGGGAAACGGAGGUGUCUGCAGAGGAGGACUACGAGGAGAAGCUGCUGGAGCUGGAGGCGGAGGACUCUUACGUGGAGACACCGAUGAGCCCCUCGUCUGAGGGCGACCCUCAGUCUGCGGCCGAGCACUGCUCGGUGUGGGACUCUGACACGCCUUCCAGCGUCUCCUACCCCGCCGUGACGGCCGAGCAGACGGUGGAGAUCCAGAGCGUGGGCAAACGAACGGUCAUUCGGCAGGGCAAGCAGGUGGUCUUUCGGGAUGAGGACGGCACUGGCGACGACGAGGACAUCAUGGUGGAUUCGGAUGACGACUCGUGGGACCUGGUCACUUGCUUCUGCAUGAAGCCUUUUGCUGGGCGGCCGAUGAUUGAGUGUAACGAGUGCCACACCUGGAUCCACCUCUCCUGCGCCAAAAUCCGCAAGUCGAACGUCCCAGAGGUCUACAUAUGCCAGAAGUGCCGGGACUCCAAGUUUGACAUUCGCCGUUCGAACCGCUCCCGGACGGGCUCGCGCAGGCGCUUUCUGGACUAGGGGAGGGAGGCGCGUGCUGGAGCGCUGCUUGGGCAGGCGGGCGAGGUGCCGACGCCGGCCGGGAGGCCGGGGAGAGCUCCCCCGAACUGCUGCUGCUCAGGCUGACGGGCUGCCCGGGCGGCCUGCGCUGACAGGGACGAGGAAUCGCCAAGUCGCGGGCAGCCGGGGCUGGAAGAGGCCGACUGGUCAAAACUGCUGCUAGAUACCGAUAUUAGCUCAAGGGACGGACUACGAUCUCUGGGUCCGGUGGGGUUUUGUCCGGUUGCAGCUAUGAACUGGGUGAUGUCUGGGGAAUGUACAAUACCUUUGCCACGUAUGUUUUCUCAUCCCACUGGGAAACUGCAAACCUUCUCUGUGCUAGGGAACUCCUCCUCCUCCAAAGAGGGAGGAGGAGGAGGAGGGAAUCUGUGUGAAGAGUCUGAAAAGUAAAUGGCUGUGUGUUUUAAUUUUAAUGUAAUAUUAUACCUGCCCAUUUGUCCGUAUAUGUCAAUCUUAGAUAUUCUAAGGCUCCGUAGGAGUGAGCGGCAACAGAUACCGACCUCUGCGUGAUCUGCCGCCUCCUCCGCGGGCCUGGGCAGCAGGGGAGUUCUGUGAUUUGGCAUCGUUCACGUGAAAACAGGACUUCUUCCUGCGCCGAGGGACCGGCGCGUUUAAAAGAGGAGAGCAGCCCUUUUUCUGCACAGGCAGUGCGGGGGAUUAGCGACAUCCCAUUUCUUCCUAGGUCUCCUCUUACGGUGAUUUUUUGUGACUUUGUUUUGCAUGAUCGGCUCAAAUGUGUGUAUGGGGGUUACCGUUUGCUCUGUUUCCCGGCCCUUCGUUAAACUCUAAGGUGCUGUUUUAAGAAGACGAUGACUCUCCCUUUUCUCAGCCCAGAAUUCAAACGUGGACUGUCAAAGGGGCCGUAGUAAACUUAGAACCUGGCAGGUCUGGUUUGGGAUUUGAUCGUUUCCAUCCGAGUACUACAGCUGAGUUGACUUUUGGUUUUGCUGUUUGUUUUUUUGAGACUGGAUUUGUAAUCCAAAAAAUGGAAUCUUUAACCUAUUGGUUGCAAAUUAUACCGAUAAAAGCAAAUGCAGGCGAUGCAGCUAGCAAGACGAAGUGCAAUGAAGAUCCAGCCGGUGCAGGGGAAGACAGGAGAGGGCCGAGGCCCCCGCCGAUGCUGCGGUCCCUCCGUGGGACUUCCUGGGGCCUCAGCCCGAGGGAAAUCUGUUCAGAAACGUUGAUGGGGAGUCGAGGCUUUUACGCAAGGCCACCGAGAUAGCGGCCUUGUUCCUCGAUGAUCAAACAGAGCGAGCCCUACGUAUCGCACAGAUUGGGCUUGCGUGUCGAGGUGUUUCUCUGAAGUUAUGCGUCUGAGGAACAACGUUGUGCUCUGUCCGGUGAGACCAUGAGGCAAGGGGAGUCGCUGGCCGGUGCCGCGGCCGAAGCGAGCCUAGUCAUACUGGCAGGAACGUGUCCAGGCUAGUCCUGCAGAUACAGCACGUUAGCCCACCGCCUUAUCCGUGUACUGGCUCAUCAGGAGACGCGUCCUGGUGAUGACUGAGGGUCUUUCCCGUACACAGAGUCGGGUACCCUCCUUCAGAUGUCCGACGUGGGGCUGCCAAAGCUUCCGGCAGGCCGUCCAGCACUGCAGCGCUCUGUGGCGUGUCACACCAGGGGUGUCCAGAGGUCUGCCGGCCCGAGUCAGGAUGUGCAACUGUUCCUCAGUCCUGCUUCUUUAUAAAAAUGUUGUUCUGCCAAGCUGCAACAACUUACUCUGGGUUCUGAAAACCAGCUCCAGCUUCUGUAACAUCUCAACACCAUGACCGUGGUAUGCUGCCUUCCAGAAGCUACGCAGGACCACUGAGGAGUUUGCCAAAGACUUGCCCCCGACGGCUGCCUGACUGUUCUUUGCAGCCAGAAAAAUAACCAAAGUUCUUAACUGCUGCCAUUUCAUUCUGCAAACAGAAAGGCUCUGGAAGAUCCCGGUUGCGAGCUGCGCGAGGGCUUGACCUGCUCUGAGAAUUGGUAUCUCUGCGUUCACAGCAUGUCUGCAAUUCAACUGGACCUCCGUGGAAUGUGUUCCCGAAGCUUUUAUGGGAGAAAUGGCCAACUGCCACGCAAACAGCCUCUUUCACAGAGGCUCGGUACUAAUCGAUGUGACUGACUCUUGUUCUGUUACCUUUCAGAUUUAUCCCAAUAGAUGGUGUCUGACAAGUCCAGCACGUUACAGUAUCAGCAGAGAGAAAAAAGCAACAUCUCCAUUCUUUUAGUUCAUCACUUUCAGCCAUGUAUAAUUAUAGUUUAAUUCAGAACUUUAUU